UUAUUUGGUUUGCCUGUUUUGAUUGGUUAUAAAACAUAACAUAAUGUUUUAUUUCAUAUUAAUCACACCAUUGCUAAUUGUUACAGGCUAUGACAAAUUAAAGCCCUAUGGAUUCCCUAUUCAUGGGGCUAUAGAUGGUUACAGCCGACGGAUAAUUUGGCUUGAAGUGGUAAAAUCCAACAACGACCCAAAAGUGCCUGCAAAUCUUUUUCUUAAAAGUGUAAAAGAAAACCUCGGAUGUCCACUUCUAUUAUGGAGUGACUGUGGCACAGAGAAUGGAUUGGCGGCUUCAAUGCAAUGUUAUUUUAGAGAUAAUGGGACAGAUGACUUGGCAGGAGAGAAUGCUCAUCGCUAUGGUUCUUCUCACGCAAACCAGAGGAUAGAAAAUUGGUGGUCGUACUUUCGUCGUAGUCGAAGCAACUGGUGGAUUAAUUUUUUUAAAGGUCUAGUUCACGAUGGGGUUGUUCUUCUUGGAAACUUAAUUCACAUGGAGUGCCUCUGGUUUUGUUUCCAAUCUGUGCUACAAAAUGAACUCAAUGAUAUAAUUGACCACUGGAACACUCACUAUAUCCGACGUUCGCGAUAUGAUACUAUACCUGGCGUGCCAAAUCUUCUUUACUUUUUACCAGAAUUAACUGGUGGAGCUGACUACAUUGUCCAAGUGCCAACAGACAAAAUUAACGAAAUGGAGGAAGAAUGUGAGAUGGAAGAAGGACUAAAUGACUACAAAGAGUAUUUCGAACAUGUAAUGGAAAUAAAAGGACUACGUCUUCCAAAUAAUGCAACUGAAGCAUUAGCACUAUUUCAAUGCUUAGUAGAAGCUGCUAAUGAUAAGGAUUAAAUG